AUGGAAGGACUCAGAAGACAUUCGGUUAUGCUGGAUUGCAAGCUCUGGAAGGAUGACCCCAUCUACUUCUUCAAAACACUUCCACCCUAUAUCAGCAAGUACGCUCAACGCGCAGAUGAUGCCUCCAUCCAAGCCCAAAUUGAUGUGUUUGGCAAAGACGAUGUCGGCGCCAUGCCGGGAGCCUUGGGGCCUAGGGGCAACUUUGCUGCAGUCACCUUCGCAGAAAGUUUCCCAGACCGAGUUGCCAUGCUGGCCUAUCUCAAUGAAGUGUUGAGUUUCUAUGAGUGCUUCGAAAAGCAAUUGACGGAAAUGUUGGACGCUACACUUUACGCGAACCCUGUCCCUAAAGACCCCAAGUAUGACAACCCAGUUUGGCAAGCAAACUACAAGAAUACGAUGACCAAAUGGCCCAAGAUCCUGGAAAACCUGGACCCUAAGCUGGGACCUAAGUGUGUGAAGUCCUUGGUUGCGCUGGUCGAGGGAACCGAUAUGGAACCCAAAAUGGCCCACUACAAAACGAUGAAAGAAUACGCCCUCGAUCGGACGAACUACAUUGCCUGGCCAGUGGCGUGUGACAAUGCUGAAUUCGGUUCACAGUUGGAUCUGACACAGGACCAAUUGGACUCUGUUCGGGACAUCUUCCUGCCCCUUUGGACUCAUUCAUGCUAUGUCUACGACUACUACCACUAUGACAAAGAGGCUGAGAUACACUCCACCUACGGCAAAGGCCGCAGCAUGAUCAACUCCAUCCCUCUUCUGAACAGGCUGAAAGGCUUGUCAGUUGAAGAGGCCAAAGCCUGGCUCAAGCAAAGGUGCUUUGAGUUGGAAAAGGAAUACCUUCAGCGCAAGGAGGAUUAUUUCUCUGAGAACCCUGUUGAAGCCGUUCCCGUUGACUUACGCCGCUGGUUCUUGUCUCAAGAGGAUCUCGCCACCGGGUUCGCAAUCUGGUGCGCGACAACGUACCAUAACCACCCACCAUUUGGAGAGGGAUAUGCCGCUCCGUAUGAGAAGCGCCGCAAGGAAGGGGCACUCUGGUUUGAGAAGGUCACCGAGUCCGAUCAACUCAUGACCGGUGGAUUUGAAGUUCGGUACGCAAACUGA